CACGGGCACCAGCAGCAGCACCAGCAGCAGCAGCGGGCAGACAGGCAAGCAGGCAGGCAGGCAGGGUGAAUGCGCCGGGUCAAGUCCGCCGCGAGGUGAAUCAGUUGAAAAAUUCACGCGUACCAAUUAACACGCCGCACACCGAGCUGACUCGCAGAGAUGGAUCCGCAGAAACUCACGGAGCUGUUGCGGGCGACGAUUGACCCCGCGCAGCAGAAGCAGGCGGAGGAGCAGCUCAACCAGAUUCACAAAAUCAUUGGAUUCGCUCCAACUCUCCUGCAGACAGUAAUGUCAAACAAUGUCGACAUGCCGGUACGACAAGCUGGUGUUAUUUAUCUAAAAAAUCUAAUCACUUCAAAUUGGGCCGACCGAGACGCAGACAACGGGCCCGUAGAAUUUAGUAUUCAUGAACAGGAUCGUGCAAUGAUACGCGAAGCAAUAGUGGACGCUGUGGUACAUGCACCAGAACUAAUUAGAGUACAAUUAGCGGUAUGCAUCAGUAAUAUGGUCAAGCAUGACUUCCCCGGGAGAUGGACGACAAUAGUGGACAAAAUAACGAUAUACCUUCAAAACAGCGACAUGGCGACCUUGCCUGGAGUCCUUCUUGCACUGCAUCAGCUUGUGAAAAAUUUUGAGUACAAGAAAGCAGAAGAGAGGGGACCAUUGAACGAAGCGAUGCACUUAUUAUUCCCUAUGAUCUAUCAAUUGAUAUUAACCUUACUACCAGACUCGUCCCAGCGUUCUGUGUUACUUCAGAAACAGAUAUUAAAAAUUUUCUUCGCUCUCACACAGUACACUCUUCCGCUCGACCUUAUCUCGAGGGAGGUGUUCACGAAAUGGAUGGACGUGGUGAGGCAAGUGGCCGACAGGCCAGUGCCUCCGGAAACCAACAACCCAGACUUGGACGAGGACGAACGCGCGGAACUUCCAUGGUGGAAGUGUAAGAAGUGGGCGUUACACAUUUUACACAGGAUGUUUGAGAGGUACGGCAGUCCGGGAAGCGUGACCAAAGAAUACAAGGAAUUUUCCGAGUGGUACUUGCAGACCUUCAGCGCGGGUAUUCUAGAGGUUCUUUUGAAAAUUCUGGAUCAGUACCGUAGGAAAAUUUAUGUUUCUCCUAGAGUCGUACAGCAGUCGAUCAAUUACAUCAACCAGGGCGUAAGUCACGCGUAUUCUUGGAAGUUCUUGAAGCCGCAUAUGUUCGAGAUCAUACGCGACGUCAUAUUCCCGAUCCUUUCGUAUUCCGCAGCCGAUGAGGAGCUGUGGAACACCGACCCUUACGAGUACAUACGAGUGAAAUUCGAUAUUUUCGAGGACUUUGUGUCGCCGGUGACGGCGGCGCAGACUUUGCUGCAUUCGGCGUGCAGGAAACGGAAAGAUAUGCUGCAAAAGACGAUGCAAUUCUGUUUGGAAGUUUUAACCAGUCCAAACGCUGAUCCGAGACAGAAGGACGGUGCGUUACACAUGGUUGGCAGUUUGGCCGAUGUUUUGCUGAAGAAAAAAGUUUACAAAGAACAGAUGGACAAGAUGUUGCUGCAAUAUGUAUUUCCCGAGUUUAACAGUCCCCACGGCCAUAUGCGAGCGAGAGCAUGUUGGGUGCUGCAUUACUUCUCCGAGAUCAAGUUCAAGCAGGAACAGAUCUUGGUGGAAGCAAUCAGACUAACUACCAGCGCUCUUUUAAACGAUCAAGAUUUACCUGUUAAAGUUGAAGCGGCGAUAGCACUUCAGAUGAUGCUCUCGGCGCAGCCGAAAGCUCAGAAGUAUAUCGAACCUUUAAUCAAGCAGAUAACACUUGAAUUACUGAAUAUCAUACGGGAGACUGAGAACGACGAUCUGACCAGCGUUAUGCAGAAGCUCGUCUGCACGUACACGGAGCAACUCAUGCCUAUUGCCGUAGAAAUCUGUCAACACUUGGCUGCUACGUUUAGUCAAGUAUUGGAAACGGACGAAGGUAGCGAUGAGAAAGCGAUAACAGCUAUGGGUCUCUUGAACACGAUAGAAACACUGUUAACUGUGAUGGAAGACCAACCUCAAAUUAUGGCGCAGCUGGAGCCGAUUGUCCUCCAAGUAGUAGCUCACAUCUUCGGACAAAGUGUCAUGGAAUUUUACGAAGAAGCUCUUUCGUUGGUAUAUGACCUAACCAGUAAGAAGAUAUCUGCGGAUAUGUGGAAAAUACUAGAGCUCAUGUAUCAACUUUUCCAAAAAGAUGGAUUCGACUAUUUCACUGACAUGAUGCCCGCGCUGCAUAACUACAUCACCGUCGAUACUCCGGCAUUUUUGUCCAAUGAAAAUUACAUAUUAGCUAUGUUUAACAUGUGCAAAGCCGUCUUGACUGGUGAUUCCGGAGAAGAUCCCGAAUGCCACGCUGCUAAAUUAUUAGAGGUUAUAAUAUUACAAUGCAAAGGACACAUUGAUCAGUGUAUACCAUCUCUCGUACAAUUAGUCCUAGAACGCUUAAUGCGAGAAGUUAAAACGUCGGAGUUGAGGACGAUGUGUCUCCAAGUCGUAAUAGCAGCUUUAUAUUACAAUCCUGCCCUUUGUUUAGAAACAAUGGAUAGGUUGCAAGUUAAUUUUGUUCAAUCGACGGAGCCGCUCGCUUCACGUUUUAUCAAACAAUGGAUAAACGAUACUGAUUGUUUCCUUGGAUUACACGACAGAAAAUUAUGCGUUCUCGGACUGUGUACGUUAAUCAUCAUGGGCCCGGCGAGACCAAUCGCUGUUAACGAAUGCGCCACGCAAAUUAUUCCGUCUCUAAUACUCCUGUUUGACGGUCUUAAACGAGCGUAUGCCGCCAAAGUUACCGAUGGAGACGAUGAGGAGAACGAGGACGAGGAGAGCGAUAUCGACGAAGAAGUCCUGUCAUCUGACGAGGAUGAGAUAGACGAUGUAAACCAGGAAUAUCUGGAGAAAUUACAAGAUAAGAUCAAGAGAUCGUCCGCUCAGCACGGUUUUAACGUUACCGCGACCAUACAAGAUGGUCACGGUGAUCACAGAUCCGACGUUGACGACGAUGACGAUGACGACGACUUCGACGGUAACGAAGAAACCGCUCUGGAAAGCUACGUAACACCCUUAGAUUCUGAUGAUACCAAUCAAGAUGAAUACGUUGUUUUCAAGGAAGUUAUACAAACUAUUGAGAAGACUGAUGUCGCUUGGUACAGGGCUUUAACUAGUCUUCUCACCCCUGAGCAAGAGAAAGCUCUGCAAGAAAUCAUCUUGUUUGCGGAUCAGCGCAAGGCAGCUUUGGAGAGCAAAAGGAUCGAACAGAGCGGAGGUUAUGCUUUUCACUCACAGACUGUGCCCACCUCGUUUAAUUUUGGCGGAACGCCUUUAAGCCGAUAAGGACUUAUAAUCAUUACAAUUUUAGAUUAAUAUAAAACUGCAAGAAACCCGCCAUACACGUUAAGCAUUGGAAAUUGGAAAUUUUUUCUACGCUAAUACCUGGAACAGAAAUCUUCAGUAUCUCACACACACGACAUGAAAAAAUUAUUCUACAUUCGUUGAAUUUGGAAAAUUCGCACACGUUAAUAUCAUUCGAAUAAACAGACUGUAUAUAUUGAUCGUACGUUCGCCGAGUUUAUUCUGCAUAGUACCCUGCUUUACGAUCGUCUUUUACUUGGAAUGUGACAUCUAUCGAUUUCUUGCAGUGUUUAUCAGAGAUCUAUGUAAAGCGUAAACGAUUUUUUUUUUUUUAGUACCGUGCUAUAUCUUACAAAGAAACAACGCGUCGAAGACAAAGAUGCCGUUGCUCUCCGCACUGUGCGAUCCGAGAAAAAAAAUCCGCGAACCAUUACUUGACACGGUUAAAGUCUUUGUGCACGUAAUGAGAAAAAAAAAAGGUUAAUUGAUUGAGUCAAACUUCAAAGUAUUAAAAAAAAAAGUGCCUUGAGACGUUUUAACGCAGACGGGACCUAAAUUAAAGAAUACAGCGGAGUAAGCUGUAGGUCGGAGUGAGGCCAGGACACUUCUCUAUAGUUAUAAGUUCUAUAAGUACUGUAUUAGAGUAUAAUAAAUUAACAAUAACUAAUAGAGAAAAGACGAAAGCUGUUCCUUUGCUCUUUAUAGAAUAUGACGAGCCGUACUUCUUUGUAAUGGAUGUUUACUACACAUUCGGUAGUUUUUAUAUAUAAUGAUAAAUAAAUUAUAAAUGAUAUCGUA